GACUGGACAGGUUUUAGGAGGGAGACAGAAUGAGGACGGAGGUCGGCGGUCAGUCCUCGGUCGCCGGGACUGGAGGAAGCGGGGACAGUGAACACGGACAGCUCGCAGGACACAUCCUUCAAGUGACUGUAUGCAUUGAGACUCCAAGAUGAGGGCGGUACUCUACAUCUGCCUUCUGGCAGUUUCGGCAGCUAAUGACAUGGAACCUCUGACCAAGGCGUGGGCACGCAGGGAGGACGUGUGCAAGCUGACAAGCCCAUUAACGUUCCCUUGGAUGUGGGAAUGUAAGAAGGGGGCCUGUGUGCGCACUCCUGUCAGCGAGGCUACCAAUGGCAUGACCCUCGGCGGCUGCAAGCUGACUUGUGGCAAGGGAUUCACCCUGUGGCCGAAACCGACCGGGGCCAUCACCCUCGGCAAAACACCACUGUCCUUCACGUACAGCCAGGUUAUUGUCAUCGUGGACGCCCCGCAGGAUGUUCGCGGCCUUGUUGAGAAGGCCGGUAACAGGCUCAAGGAAACGCUCCGUGACAUGCGACCUCCUGGCGGAAGCUGCCUGAAGCUUUCUUCUGCAAGGGAUGCCAACCUGGCGACGCGUCAGCUGACAAUCCGCGUCACUGUAGAGCGAUCUGAUGCGUCGCUCACGCUGAAGACUGACGAGUCCUACAAGCUGAACAUCACGCACACCGACGCCGACCAGCUGGAGGCGCACAUCGAGGCCAAGACGUUCUUCGGCGCGCGCCACGGCAUGGAGACGCUCUCGCAGCUGGUGGCGUACGACGACGCCAACGACGCGCUGAUGACGGUGACGGCCGACGUCAGAGACGCGCCCGUGUACCCGGUGCGCGCGCUGACGCUCGACACGUCGCGCAACUUCAUCUCGGUGGCCGGCCUGCGCCGCACCAUCGGCGCCAUGGCCAUGAACAAGCUGAACACGCUGCACUGGCACAUCACCGACACGCACAGCUUCCCGAUCGAGAUCACGGGCGAGCCGCGGCUGGCGCAGUACGGCGCCUACUCGCCGCGCGAGGUCUACACCCGGGCGGAAGUGGAGGAGCUGGUGCAGUUCGCGCUGGAGCGGGGUGUGCGCCUGCUGCCCGAGCUGGACAUGCCCGCCCACGUCGGCUACGGCUGGCAGUGGGGCGAGAAGGCCGGGAUGGGGAAUCUCACCGUCUGUCUGGGCAAGGAGCCUUGGCAGGAGUUCUGCGUCGAACCACCCUGCGGGCAGAUGAAUAUCAUCAAUGAGAACCUCUAUAAGGUUCUGAAGACGAUUCUGGUGGAAUAUCGCGAUGUCUUCAAGCCGGACCUGUUCCACAUUGGUGGGGACGAGAUCAACCUGAACUGCUGGAAGACGACGCCGGAGAUUGCUGCGUUCGUCAAGGAGAAGGGAGGCGACCCCACCGACGACGAGGAGUACAUGAAGCUGUGGAUCCAGUUCCAGGAGCGUGUCUACGACAUGUGGACCAGCAUCGCCGGCGAGCAGAAGACGAUUCUGUGGACGUCGCACCUCACCCAGCGACCUGCCGAGGAGUCGCGUCUCGACCCCAGCAAGUACAUCAUCCAGAUCUGGACCACGGGCAAAGACCAGCAGAUCGGCGACCUGCUGAAACAGGGCUACGAGCUGAUUCUCUCUAACUACGACGCCUGGUAUCUGGACUGUGGUGGUUCCGCCUGGGUCGGCAAGGGCAACAACUGGUGCUCGCCCUACAAGAGCUGGCAGACCGUCUACGAUAACAGUCCCCGGGAGAUUGCGCACAGCUUCCAGAGUAGCUCUGACACCGUGGCCUCUCGGCGUCCCUCGCAGCCGCUUCGUCAGUCAGAUUUCUCUACCCAGAUUCUGGGAGGCUCUGCGGCGCUGUGGACUGAGCAGGCCGACGACGCCAACCUGGACACCAAGCUGUGGCCUCGCGGUGCGGCGCUGGCCGAGCGUCUGUGGGCGGAGCCGGAGACGGACUCGCUAGCGGCCCAGUGGCGCCUCGUGCACCACCGUCGGCGAAUGGUGGCCCGCGGCGUCCAGGCCGAGACCAUGCAGCCAAAGUACUGCCACCAAUACGACGGUAGCUGCUACAUCAACUAACGCUGGAUCAUCCAGAUUUCAGCUAACUCUUGUGCCAAUCACCUGGAUGCAAUCGCCCAGGGAACGUUGAUGUGUGCACGAGAAAAAUAUAAGAUAAGAAGUAGUGAAAUGUCUGUCGUGCCUUUAUUUGUACACACUUCAUAUCUCAAAUUAAGCAGCAACACAGCUGCGAAAAUGAGCUACCAAAUGAAUAAAUAAGCCUUC